UCUGGUGGCAUUUUUUUUGGGCCCUGGCAGGAUGAGGCCAAGAAGCCCUCACACAUCCCUGCACAGCGUCCAGCUCACAGUCCUGCCUGUGCCUUGGUUCCCUCAGGGUGUGGUGUCAGGCUUUUCCUCAUGCAUGCCCAUGUUCUGCUAACUCAGUGCCCUCUCUUCCAGGUGCACCUCCUGCUCCCAGACAUGUCCUGCUACGACCAGUGCCGGCCGUGCCUGCCAUGCCAGCCCUGCGGCCCGACCCCGCUGGCCAGCAGCUGCAAUGAGCCCUGCGUCAGGCAGUGCCAGAACUCUACCGUCGUCAUUGAGCCUUCUCCUGUGGUGGUGACCCUGCCCGGCCCCAUCCUCAGCUCCUUCCCACAGAACACCGCUGUGGGAUCCUCCACCUCUGCUGCCGUUG